AUCAGAAGUUUUGGCGAUACGCGUCUUCUGCAGUGAAGACUCUACCGCCAUGGUCGGAUUCACUCUGCCUCCCAUUAAUGACAACCCCGAUGGCGGCUGGGGACCGUCAUCGUCCAACUUUCCGCCCCAGUUCAAGUUCAGGGACAUUCCGUAUGCCCCAUAUUCAAAAUCCGACAAACUAGGACGUUUCGCGGACUGGAAUGAUCUUGCGGGAGGCCAAUCGACCGGCGGUGGGGCGUCGAUGGGCAAUCAGCGUGCAGGAGGUGCUAUGGGUGGUCGUAGGAGGGAUGCAGCCCAGGCAUUCGGCAGUGGGACCGCGAGCGCGUUCGCGUACUUCCAUGUAGAAGAUGAAGCCAGCUUCUCCCUGGUGGACAACAAAGCUGGACCGUCCAGGAGAGGUGGUGCCCUGGUCAGGGGAAGAGGUAUGGGGAGGGGUGGAUCUAACUAUGCCAACCGGCAGAACCAGAGGGGCGGUAGAGGUGGUUUCGUUAAUAACAGAGGAGGCGGACAGAGGGGCGGCAGGCGAGGCUGGAGAGAUUGGGAAAAGAGCGGUCGCGCUCGUGAAUCGUCAGUUGCCAUCUCUCCUGACUGGCAGAUGCUGGAUGAGAUCGAAUUCCAUCGCCUUGCAAAAUUGCGCCUCGAAGUCGAGGAUCCAGAAGACAUCGAUUCUUAUGGUCGUCUGUACCCUUACGACAAGACGUACGAUCGUAUCACAACAAAAUCCGAGAAGCCCCUUCAACUGGUGGAUCGUAUCAAAUACAACACUACGACUUCAGAUGACCCCGUAAUCCAGCAGCUUGCAAGUAACAAUGUUGCGACCGUAUAUGCAACGGACGUCAUCCUAGCAGUGCUGAUGUGCGCCCCGCGGUCCGUAUAUCCCUGGGAUAUCGUUAUUGUCCGCGAAGGCAACAAGUUGUUCUUUGACAAACGAGAUGGCGGACCCUUUGACACGGUCACUGUCAACGAAAAUGCUGCGGACCCUCCCCAGGACCCUUCUCCCAAUCCGAAUGACAAGACUGCUCAACCGGAAACGCCGUCCAUCAACUCCGCUACGUCGCUUUCCCUAGAAGCAACCUAUAUCAACCAGAACUUCAUGUUCCAGUCAGUUAUCGAGACUCCUCCCCCUCCACCUGUCGACUUGAACAAGCCCAAUCCUUUCUAUGGACCUGACGAGACCGAGCCUCUCGCCUCCUGCGGGUAUCGGUACCGCGUUUAUGACAUGUCGGUCAGUGAAGACGAGGACGUCCGGAUUUGUGUACGGACGGAGACAGACGCAUAUCUUCAUGGCGCAGGCAACCCGAAGGAUGGAAGCGGGCUGCUUACUAUCCGUGCACUGAACGAGUUUGACCCUCGGGCUCCCGGUGCUGGCGGGGCGCCUGACUGGCGGUCCAAGCUGGAUUCUCAACGCGGAGCUGUUGUCGCGACUGAGAUGAAGAAUAACAGCUGCAAGCUGGCCAAAUGGACGGUCCAGAGUAUCCUGGCUGGAGCUGAUCAAAUGAAGAUCGGGUACAUCUCACGAGCCAACCCUCGGGACAAUACACGGCAUGUCAUACUGAGUACGACAUCCGUGCGGCCAACGGACUUCGCCGCGCAGCUGAACGUCUCUUUGGCGAACGGCUGGGGGAUCGUGCGGACCGUCACUGACCUCUGCAUGAAAAUGCCGGAAGGCAAGUACGUUCUGGUCAAGGAUCCCAACAAACCUGUCAUUCGCCUGUACGCGGUGCCGCUUACGGCUUUCGCGACAGAGGACGACGAAGAAGGCGAUGGGGCUGUGGAGGAAGACGCGGGUUCCCUUGCUUGACGCGACCCUGACAGAAUUCCGGGGUUCAGCGCCUCUUUCGGACUAAUUACUUGUAUCUCAAAUUCUCCGAUACAAUUGUGGCGCUCUUCUUGCUCUGCAAGCGCGAUACGCACUUGAACAAAUCGGUCAAUCUAUGCAAGUUAUCGCAUUCCUACUGCUGCUGCGAGGCCAACAAGGUUUCUGCCGCGACCUCGAUGUUGG